AUGAACAACAAUACAGUACCUCCACUCCGAUUUCUUUCUACAGUCUCUGUUUUUGUUUUGAAAAAGGAGAGUGAUGAUGAAAAUAAUGAAAAUAAUCAAUCCUCUCGGAUGAAUCGAGGAGUGAUCACUUCUCCAUCUUCUCCAGUGAUGCGUAUUGGAGGUAAUUCAUUAUUCGAUUCUCUUGAGUCACCAUCCAGCCACGAUGGACGGAAUGGUAAUGCCAAAUUUACGACAACCUCGUCGAAUGGCUCAUUGAUGACUCAUCACAGAAAGAAUAUAAAUACCUAUAAGGAAUAUGCAAUGAUGAGAGGUCAAAAUAAGGACAGUUUCAAUGCAAAAAAGUAUACACCACCCAAGACGGACCUAAUUUUUACACAUCCCAAAGAUUUAUCCAAUGAUAAGACUGUCACAAUUAAUUCAAUGCCUUUAUUUUGUUUUUAUGCUCAUCAUCAUGAACGAAAUUUGUCGGAAUAUAUUUCAAGGAACACAAAGAUUAGACUUGCGUCUGUGGGAUCGAGUCACAACGUCCAACUCUUUCCAUUCGUAAUGACAGAUUAUUUUAAAAACGAAUGUUAUUGUUUUUGCAUAUUAGUUGACAAUGCAACCUAUAAUGAAAAUGUCGCCAUUGUGUUUGAAACAUCAAUUCCUAUUUAUGAAAUGAUGAGUGACAUUAUUCUAGAAAUGUAUCAAUUUGGACUCUUUCAGGUGUUUUUAGACGCCCAUUUUCGAGAUCAAGAAAUGAGAAAUCAUGGAGAGUCUUCUAAAAUUAAUUUUGGGCGAAAUGAUAGUAAUUAUCAGAAUUUAUUAGAAAAGAAAAAUUUACUGUUGACAAGAAUUGAAAUGAUGAUACAUCACAUCCCAAUACCACCACCUUCGAAAAAUAUUUACACUAGUUUUACAUUACUCCAAAAGAAUUAUGUUUUGAAAUAUCCAGACGUUGAAGAGCUGCCGUUUUGCAAUAUUCCAAUUUCUGAAACAAUUUUCAAGACAUUAUCCAAUGACAUGAUUGUGGACUUGUUGAAUUUAAUUUUAUUAGAAAAGAAAAUUAUUUUCGUGAGUGAGAGCGUCAGUCUCUUAACAUAUUGUUGUGAAUCCUUAAGGGCACUAUUGUAUCCAUUUCAAUUUCCAUUAAUGUUUGCUUUUAUUCCUCAUCUACCUGUACAGCUGCUAGAGACCAUUCUUUCGCCUGUUCCUUACAUUGCUGGAGUUCACAAUUCUCUCAAGAAUGAGUUAUUUAUGGUGAUUGAUCAACAGAAUCGAAUGUUGGAGCAGACUUCUCACACUAACACGACGAGGAUAAAAUCUCCCUCGUCAUCAUCCUCUGACCGUGCCUAUUCACCCUCUGAGAAUGACACGAGUUUAGUAGUCUUAGAUAUUGACUCUUCAACAUUUUUAUAUGGAAAAGCUCCAGAGAGAGAACAACGUUUUCCCGAAAGAUACCGACUUCAAUUAAUUGAAAAAUUGGAGCCCAUUCUCAGGUCUGCAUCGAAGAGUAUUGAUUUUUUAUCAGGACCUAUUUCUAAACGAGAAGAACGAAUUUCCAUAGAUACCAAAAUUCGAGAAUUAUUCACAUGGUUUUAUUGUAAAUUAUUGAUUCCGCUUAAUAUUCACAUUUUAACGCGAAAGUGGAAAAAGAAUAACAAACGCAAUGGCACAGAAUAUAUUGACAGCAUAAAAAGAUACGUGCUGGAAGAAGCUUCUGAAGAAAUUGAUUCCAAUCAGAGAGCCUUCUUUUCACAUUUAUUCUCCAACCAGAUAUUUUCAGAAUUACUGAACCAUGGCGUUGAAGAGCAAUACUUUUAUCAAGAGCUUUGCUUUUCCAUUUUUGUGAAUUCUGAAGCUGAAAAUUUAAUGAAAAAUAGAAAUCAUGUGAUCCCAUUUGCCGCUUCUGAGAAAGAUUUAGUGAAUUGGAAAAACUCCAACAACGACACUUCUUUUAACUUGAACAGCGUUCAGGAAUGGUUUUCCAAAGGACAAUCACCCAAUGACGUCUUGAUAUAUUGGAUCAAUAGCAAAUUAGAAGCUCUGAAAUCUCAAACCCCUUCCACACAACUUCUUUUGACAAGCAAUUAUAACAUUUCUCGAUUAAUGUUAAUGAGAUCCUUUGUCCAUGAGAGAGCAGAACGAUUCGAACAAGCCCUCGAAGAUGCACUCACUGCCAUGUCAACAGCUACAGAUGAGCGAUUGGUUCGAAGAGAAUGGUUCGAGUCCUUAUUGCUUCGCAUUCCAAAACAAUCUCUCAUGAAAUUUGUUGCUAAAAUGAAGACCAAAUAUUCUCCACGAGCAGAUGAUCUUUUCAAAUUAGGUUUUCUAGAAAAGAUUGUGCUCGACAUGCAUCAAGGUCACAUUCAAGACGUGAAAGCUCUAUUCCAACAGGCAGAACUCUUUGAACCAGGUUCUAGCUUUGAAUUGAGACCUCGAAGAAAAUCAGUACCAAAUUCCUCAGUUUCUCCUGUCGAUUCGAAUCCAGAGUCUGAGCUUCACACUGCAGACUCCUUGGAUGAGAAACAGCUAGUCACAACAUCGUAUGAAUCACAAGAAAUUCCAAGAGCUAAUUCUUUCCCAAGUGGAAAUCCUAUUCAAUUACCCACAGCAGAGGAUGAAGAAGAUCGACAUUUUGAUUCUCCUCCCAUGUCCCCUCGUUCUCCAACCAUUUCACAUGAGGAUGAUCUUGAUGAAGAUGUAGAAUCAUUGGAAGCGCUUCAAACACCUCUGACAUCGAAAAAACGAUCCUUUUCGAGCACUUCGAUCCAUGAAUAUUCAGAUGGAAAAUCCCCUACUGCUUCUUCUCGCUCUGCAACAACAGCAGCGACAACUGUGCUACCAACCACGAAGGCAACAAAAUCAAGUUCAGGAACCAUUCUAUUAUCAUUGCCUUUUAUUAAUUUUGCAAGUAUUGAACAUCAAUUAAUUCCCAAGAAUAUGGAUGCCCUUACACAAUUAUCAUCGAUGAAUGCAACCACAAGAAGAAGGAGUAUCUUGUUUACCAAGAAAAAGAGUUCUGAACUCGAUACCUUAUCCAAAAUGGUCAGCAUUUCGAAAGAGAUGUUCUCCAUGGUUGCAUUUGAAUGUGGAAUGUUCUUUUCCAAACAAGAUGGAGAUCGAAUCUAUGAUCAGCUUGUGUUAAUUCAAAAAGAUACCACUGUACCUUCCUAUUCACAAACUCAGCUUCACCACGGUGACGAUGCAUCAUCAUUGUCCACACUUAAACCAGAGACACUCAAGAAAUUCUUGAAUUGGUUCAAAAUUGUAAAUCAACUCAAUCAAUACUCAACAUUGAGAUUUAGAAAAAUUGAAAGUCCUCAAACAGUAGCAGUAUCUUCCUAUGAACAACAACAACACAAUAACAAUAAUGAAUCUAUUGUGAUCUUGACACAAAGUACACUAUGCGAAGCAACAUUUUCAUAUGCUACUGUGGAAGGAAAGGAAUUUUCUCAAGAGUCAUCCAUUCACAAUGGAAGAAUAUGUUUUUGUAACGAUGGUUCGAUUUAUUUUGGAAUUUCCAAAUUGGAAUUGGUAGUUUCAGACAUGUCACAAAUAAUCAAAAUUGACCACUAUCCUCCACAAUCUAUGUUAAAGCAACAACCUGAUUUAUUGAACUUGAAAAUUGAAGGAUCUGUUAAAAUUGUUGUACGAGUAGAUUUCAAUACCACUCGACACGUAGAAUUUAAAUUUCCAAACACGAUUCAAAGUUUGAUAUGGUAUGGACAUUUCUUGAGCUUGAUGAAUUUCAGUACCUCCAUCACCAUGAGCAUGAUUAUGAGCAAAAAGUCGCAUCAUAGUUAUGUGCCAACAAAUCCAACCACUGUCUCAAUAUUCAGAAGUAUUACCAUUGAUCAUGUGUUGUAUCUCAUGAAACAAGCAAGAUCUACCAAAGACUAG